AAGAAGUAGUAGGGGGCGCUAAUGCGCCUUUGAGAUGAGCUGCCAACCGCGAUUAACCCUGAAAGAAGAAGAAUCUCACGCGUCUGUGAUUCGACUGAAGAAAGAUCCUUGUAACACACUAUUAUAAAGAUGGCAUUUAUUAAAGAGGAUAGUGAAGACAUGAAGAUUGAAGAAACAUUCAGAGUCAAACAUGAAGAUACUGAGGAACAAACAAAGAUGGAGUUUAUUAAAGAGGAGAGUGAAGACAUGAAGAUUGAAGAAACAUUCAGUCUCAAUCAUGAAGAUAAUGAGGAACAAACGAAGAUGGAGUUUAUUAAAGAGGAGAGUGAAGACAUAAAGAUUGAAGAAACAUUUAGAGUCAAACAUGAAGAAACUGGGGAACAAACAGACCUGAUGACACGGAAAGAGGGGAGUCAAGAAUUCGUUGAAAAGGAAGAUAAUAUUCAACAUGAGAAAUAUCAUUUCAUGACUGGAGAAAAAUCAUUUAGUAACUCACCUACAGAAAAGACUCAAAAAAGAGCUCAAAAGACAGUAGAUAUAAGUUAUUUCACCUGCCAACAGUGUGGGAUAAGAUUCGCCAGAAAAGAUCAUCUUGAAGUCCACAUGAGAGUUCAUACUGGAGAGAAACCUUUCACCUGCCAACAAUGUGGAAAGAGUUUCACUCACAAAAAAAACCUUAGACGCCACAUGAGAAGUCAUACUGGAGAGAAACCUUUCACCUGCCAACAAUGUGGAAAGAGUUUCACUCACAAAGGAAACCAUGGAAAACACAUGAGAGUUCAUACUGGAGAGAAGCCUUUCACCUGCCAACAGUGUGGAAAGAGCUUCAUUCAAAAAUCAAACCUUAUAGACCACAUGAGAAUUCACACUGGAGAGAAACCUUACACAUGCCAACAAUGUGGAAAGAGUUAUACACAAAAACGAACCCUCGUUUUACACAUGAGAAUUCACACGGGAGAAAAACCUUUCUCCUGCAAACUGUGUGGAAAGAGCUUCAUUCAAAAACCAAACCUUAGAGACCACAUGAGAAUUCACACUGGAGAGAAACCUUACACAUGCCAACAAUGUGGAAAGAGUUUCACUCACAAAGGAAACCAUGAAAAACACACGAGAAUUCAUACUGGAGAGAAACCUUACACAUGCCAACAAUGUGGAAGGAGUUUUACACAAAAAGGAACCCUCGUUAACCACAUGAAAAUUCACACGAGAGAGCAACCUUUCUCCUGCAAACUGUGUGGAAAGAGUUUCAAUCAAAUACGAGCCCUCCUUAACCACAUGAGAAUUCACACUGGAGAGAACCCAUGAGUUUUGAAAAUAAAGUAGCUUUAUUUAUUACAGCAGGUCACACAUUCCUGCAUGUUCUAAUUUUGUGUGUCCCCCAAAAAAGUUUUACAUGCAUCUAAGGUAGGGGUGGUAAUUAUGAGCUAAAAUUCUUAUCACAAUAUUUAACACUGUCCAGGUGAUAUCAUUAUUACAAGUGCUGGUCAUAUAUAUGUCAUACAUAUGUGUGACGCUUCUGACGCUGUCUGUUGUUCAAGAGUGGCUUGACACAAGCAAAGCGACAGCUGAAACACGUCUUGUAUACGUCUGUGUGUAGUGGUUCUUGAAGCACUGACUCCAGCUGUGGUCCACUCUGUGUGAAUCUCCCCCAAAUUUUUGAAUGGGUUUUGUUUCACAAUCCUCUCCAGGAUGCGGUUAUCCCUAUUGCUUGUACACUUUUUUUCUACCACAUCUUUUCCUUCCCUUCACCUCUCUAUUAAUGUGCUUGGACACAGAGGUCUGUGAACAGCCAGCCUCUUUUGCAAUGACCUUUUGUGUCUUGCCCUCCCUUGUGCAAGGUGUCAAUUGUCGUCUUUUGGACAACUGUCAAGUCAGCAGUCUUCUCCAUGAUUGUUUAGCCUAGAGAACUAGACUGAGAGACCAUUUAAAGGCUUUGCACAUGUUAGGAGUUAAUUAACUGAUUAGAGUGUGGCACCAGGUGUAUUCAAUAUUGAACCUUUUCACAAUAUUCAAAUUUUCUGAGACACUGAAUUUGGGAUUUUCCUUAGUUGUCAGUUAUAAACAUCAAAAUUAAAAGAAAUAAACAUUUGACAUAUCAGCCUGUGUGUAAUGAAUGAAUAUAAUAUACAAGUUUAACUUUUUGAAUGGAAUCAGUUAAAUCUUUUUGAUGAUAUUCUUAUUAUAUGACCAGCACCUGUACAUGGGGUGUGUGAUAUGGCGAUUUUUGAAUGUGGAUAAAAAUGUCUCCUCAAUCUGCUUUUGAAGAAAUAGCAUAGUUUAAUGCUGCAGCGCACAUUCUAUCAGCUGCAGUCCUGGUACCUCCAUCAUAUACUGUAAAACACCACAUGCAUUCACAGCAGUGUUAACUCGGUGCUAGAGUUACUCUCACAGGAGUUAAUCUCAUUUUUUGCAUGUGCUUUUAAAUGCUUCAUUCACACACUGGUCUGACCUCUGCCUUUUCUGAGCACUGUAUACUCCCGGAGUGCGUGCAUUAAAGCCUGUCAAACAGUGCCUGAUUAUUGAUAUUGAUAUGAACUAAGUUAUCUUUUGCACUAAUAUUGUCGAAACACAAGAGGUUUACAUGUAAAGUUAAUGGUUUAGAGAAAAACAUAUACGUGCCUGCAUAUUAGAUGCAUGCAGGUCUUAAAGGAACAGUAGACCUAUUAAAGAUGUAGUCAACUGUCAUUAGGGAUAGUUCACCCUAAAAUUUAAUUUUUGUAAUUAUUUACUGAGUAAUGUUUCACAAACCUGUUAUAUUUUAACAUUCACAUUGAUAAAACAAAUGAUGCAUUAAGACUUGCGUUUACUAAUAAGCUAUUGAGCAAAUGUCCCCGUGCCCACUCAUCAUUUUAAUCAUACACUAGAUUUAAUUAUAUCUCAUGGAAUCGAUCUUACUGAUAUAGAUAUUGUACCUCAAAGUGAUUAUGUUAAUGACCAUUUUCCUGUAUCGUGCAUGCUGCGUAUCACUGAUAUUAACUAUAUGGUUCAGCAUUACCAUCUGGGCAGGACUAUUGUUCCAGCCUCAAAAGACAGAUUCACAAAUAACCUGCCUGAUUUAUGUCAAAUGCUCUGUGAACCCUAAAUUACACAAACUAAACAAAAUGACUGGCAACAUGGGUACUAUCUAUAGCCUCCAUCAAAUUGAAAAAGGUUAGAGAAAAAAUGUACUGUGCCAUGGUAUAACAGUAAUACUCGCUCUCUCAAGAAAGAAACUUGUAGUCUUGAGCGCAAAUGGAGAAAAAACUAGUUUUUAGAAUUGUGUGGAAAAACAGCAUGUCCAGCUAUAGACAGGCUCUAAAAACUUUUAUCCACAAACUCAUUGAAAAUAACCAAAACAAUCCAAGGUUUUUAUUUAGCACAGUGGCUAAAUUAACAAAUAACCAGAUUCCACCUGAUUUAAAUAUUGUCAACAUUAAAUAGUAAAGACUUUAUGAAUUUCUUCACUGAUAAAAUAGAUAACGUUAGAAAUACAAUAGCAAUAACAUUGUAGGGCUGUCAACGAAUAUUCUAUAUUUGAAUAUAUAUUCGAAUAGUUUAAAAAAAAACUAAUUUCGAAGGUGAAAAUUAAUAUUCGAAUAAAAAAAAUAGGGGAAAAAAUGCCCGCGGUAGUAGAGGCGUGGUUGGUCUGCUUUGCGAGUGGGCGCGUUAGCACGCCUGAGGGUUCAGGGACAGGUCACGAGUCUCCCUGUCUGGCACAGCGUCACUAGACUCACUACUGAAAGUUGACGCAUCUUGCAGGAAGAUGGCAGAACGUGCAGAGCCCAACUCGACCGCAGCAGAGAAGGUGAUUUUAACCCCCCAAAAUCUAAAAAGCCAUGUCUGGAAGUACUUUGGAUUUUGGUCGGUAGGAGGUAAAAUUAUUGAGCCGCGAGAAAGAGUUGUAUGCAAGUUAUGUAAAACACAGUUAGCAUACAAUUCGACCACUAGAAACAUGAGGUCACAUCUCGAAAAUGUCUCAUGUCUCGUUCAUUUCUAAGGACAUGAGACCGAUCAGUGUCGUUGAUGGGGAGGCUUCAAGCAAUGGAACUGAGGUACCAUAUCCCUAGCCGUGGAACAGUCACCAAUAGAAUUGUAGAAGUGUAUAACAGCACCUCAGACAAAAUAAAGGAAUCAAUGAAAGACAAAGACGUGGCUCUUACAACGGAUGGGUGGACAUCCGUAGCGACAGUAUCCUAUGUUACAGCAACGGCCCGUUGGAUAAAUUAUGAAUGGGAAAUGCUUAACAAUGUGCUAAAAACAAAAGAGCUUAAAGGUCCUAUGACAUGAAAAUUUCACUUUCUGAGGUUUUUUAAGUUUAAUAUGAGUACCCCUAGCCUGUAUAUGGUCCCCAAGUUUCUAGAAAUUUGAAUCAGUGGAAAUUGAGAUUUUCUAUCUUUCUCUGCCUUUGAGAAAAUGGAAGCUCAAACGGGCUGAUCUUGAAUCUCCUCGUUGUGACGUUGCAACAAGAAUUGUUACCUCCCCUUUCUCUGCUUUGCCCGCCCAAAUAUUUUCAUAUAAUUCAGUCAACACAGGCGUUUCAAACAGACUUUUAUGAUAUGGAUUCGACAGCACCGGCACAAACAGUGAGUAACAGUGUUCAUUAAUGCCUGAUCUGUGAUCAGUGAUUUCUGAUGUGUAGCUAAUCAUCCAAGUUCACACAGACUUUCUUUCUAAAUCGUUUAAUACUGUUUAUGCAUCAGUGAAUCAAGCCAGUGACUAAACGAUCAACUUCACGUUGUUUCUCUUAGUAGCAUGAAACAAAUCUGUUAUUUAAAUUGUGAUUUAACUACAGAGAGCGAUCAAAGAACUCUCGCUUUUUUCCGGAGCUGUUACACAUCGCGAGUAUAUCUGCACACUUGCCCAAACUGCCGUUACAAUGAAUGAUGCUGUUAUGCUGCACAACGGAGCUCUUACUGUAUUCAUGUGUUUGCUGUUAGCUGUGGUGAAAGCAUUUUGAGAGAAAACGUGUUGCAAUAACGACGAGAUCACUGCAUCCACGCGAUAAACAGACUCUGUCUACUCAAUACUCAUCACUGCAGCCUUUCAUGUGAUGGGGAAAAGAUCGAAAAAAUAAUUAUAUAAUCAACAAAUCCACGAUUCGUUAAU